AAAGGAAAGACUUUCUCUCGGCCUUUCCAGAUCAUGCUCACUACCCACCUCCACCUCCAGCAUCACCCACUCCUUCACCUCCCCACCCUCCUCUUCCUCAUCCCUCACCUGUGCCAUGCCCGCCGCCCUGCCCCCGCUCCUGCUCCCGCGCCCGCCUGCCGCUCUGCCACCGCGUUCGCCUGCCGAAAUCCGCCCUUUGUGCCCGGCCACGACCUCAUCGGCAAGGGCUUCGACGUGGUCAAGCUGCAGACCACCGGCGCCUUCGUGGUGGACGUGGACCGCUACCAGCUGCACGUGUCGGGCAACUGCACGCUGUGCCAGAACCGGCUCCUGGGUCAGGAGCAGAAGCUGCCGGCCGCCGUGGCCGACUGGCGCGUCCGGGUCAAGUGCCGCCGCCGACUCAGCGAGAGGAUCUACGAGACGGGCAGCGCCAUCCUGGAGCGGAACGACAAGGCCUUCCACGCCAGCGCCAAGGUCGGGCUCGCCCUGGGGAACGCCGCCUUCCUGGGCGGCACUCGGUCCAAAUCGUCCAGGUUUGCCCGCAGCCACUCCACCCAGGACAGGUACUCCUUCGCCACUCAUCAAGUGUCCUGCCGAUACUACACACUCCGCCUGCGCGACAACCCUCCGCUGACCAGAGGGUUCGUCACGUCGCUCCAGACGCUGCCCUACGCCUACGCCCAGAGCACGGCCGCCAGCUUCCGCCACUUCCUCUCCACCUACGGCACGCACUACCUGCGGCGCGUGGACCUGGGCGGGCGGGUGCGCUCCACCACGGCCGUGCGCACCUGCGAGACCACCGUGAGCGGCCUGUCCGUGCACGACGUCAGCAACUGCCUCUCCACCGAGGCGGCCGCCGCCCGGUCCGGCCCCAGCGCCCGCGCCCAGCAACGCUACUGCCGCGCCAAGGCCCGCGCCUUCACCCGCGGCCGCCCCUUCAGCGCCGCCUUCUCCGACCGCGUGACCGAGGUGCUCGGCGGGAGCGGCCAGCUCGGGGACAUCCUGUUCGCGCCGGAGAAGAGAGCCAGCUACGGCACCUGGGUCAAGUCGCUCAAGGUCGCGCCGGGCGUGGUGGCCUUCCGGCUGAGCCCCCUGCACACGCUCAUCGACCCCCGCGCCGACCCCCAGCGCUACUACAACCUGCGCAGCGCCAUCAGGGACUACGUCGCGCGGGCCGGCGUGGGCAAGGCGUGCCGCGGGAGGUGUGCGGCGGGCCGGAGAGACCGGAACUGCGCCUGCAAGUGCAACGGGCACACCAGCGUGGACUCCAACUGCUGCGCCAGGAAGCGAGGGCUGGCGCGCCUCUCCGUGGUGGUGCGGAGCGCGGUGGCGCUCUGGGGCGACUACUUCUCCAAGACGGACGGCUACGUUAAGGUGUUCUACGGGCGGCAGAGGAGCACAACGCCUGUCAUCUGGAACAACAACUUCCCCCAGUGGAACUUCAGAGUGUCCUUCGGUACCGUUGAUCUGCUGAAGAACGUGUCGAUACGAUUCGAGGUGUGGGACCGGGGCAACCGCUGGGAUGACGACCUGCUGGGGAAGUUCUCCCUGGUGCCGGUGCGAGGCGUGAACGUGAGGCGGAAAUUCAAGCUGAAGCACGGCGCGCUGUACGCCUCGUACUCCGUAGUGUGCGCUCCGAGCCUGGCCGGCUCCUCCUGUGGCAGCUACAGCCCCAGUCCAGCAGCCCACCACGUCCAGGCCCCGCUGGGCUACCCCUCGCUGACCCCUCAUCCCAGCGGAAACUUCUGGAACAACACCUUCCUAUGAAGCGCAGGCAGUCCUGAGGCGAUACUUUUACUGGUUAUGGGUGACAGAAUACCCUCGAGCCAUUCUAUUCCAUAGGGAGUCGCUAUUCCACAGUGGACACUGGCCAGUCACACUUAUUAAAAUAUAUUACAGUUCUCUUUCAGUUAGCCAUAACCUUACACUUAAUGUAAUUCAUCAAUGAGUGUGAAAUUGUGCAAAGUUAACUUCAAUAGAUAUAUCAUUUGUAACUAAUUCUGUACAGAAUAGGGAGUAAUAUUGAACAGGGACCACUGCAUCUGAGUUAUGACUUUUAUUGUAACAAUAGAUUACAUUUUCACACAUUGUUUCUCUCUUUGU